CACAUUUUUGCUGCCCCAUGUGAUUCCGGUUGGGUUCAUGAUCUGCAAUUCAGUCCUCAAAAUCGCAUGUACGCGACCGGAUCCACAGGAGGUGUGGUUUCCUGGCAACUGGGCCCAGGUGCAGUGACGGUAGCUGAAUCCACACGAACACGAAUGACAGACAUGGAUCGAAUGCGACCUCCCGCUCCAAUUUUAGCUAACAAAUGCGGUGGAGGGCACCUACGUUUUCGUCGACUCUCCCAUCCGCAACGCCUCUCCGUUCCUGCUCACACUCCGAUUCAUUGUGCAGCACUAAAGGUGAGGAAAUAUCCUUGCGUCUCUAUAGACCUAAAAAUGGUUGACCUGUUGUCCUGGCUGAUGUCGGCGGUCUUUUUCAAACAUGCUCAGCUUACUACCUUUGUUUCUUUGAUGUUUUCUUGA